AUGUUUGCUUCUUUCAAAUCCUCUAGCUCCUCCUCCGAAGAUGCCACCACCGAUCAUCCUCCUCCUCUUCCUCCUCCGCUAUGCCUCGCCUCAUCAUCUGCCGCAACGUCCGCCGCUCAUCACCUCCGUCGUCUACUAUUCACAGCUGCAGAUUUCAUCUCUCAGUCCAACGUCUCAGCCGCUCAGAACAUACUCCCAAUCCUCUCCUCAAACUCUUCCCCUCACGGCGACUCCACGGAGCGGCUCGUCCAUCUCUUCACCAAAGCCUUGUCCGUACGGUGCGGCUUGUCUGAAAACGUUGCCACGUGGACAACGAACGAAAUGACUACUAGUAGCUCCACGGUUUUUACAAGCAGUGUAUGCAAAGAGCAGUUCUUGUUUCGGACCAAGAAGAACAACAACAACAACUCUGAUCUCGAGUCUUGUUACUAUCUUUGGCUGAACCAACUAACGCCGUUUAUUCGGUUUAGUCAUUUAACGGCGAACCAAGCCAUCCUCGACGCAACGGAGACAAACGGAGGUUUACAUAUACUAGACUUAGAUAUAUCGCAAGGACUUCAAUGGCCUCCGUUAAUGCAAGCCCUAGCCGAGAGAUCAUCAUCAAACCCUAGCAGCAAUACUCCACCUCCAUCUCUCCGCAUAACCGGAUGUGGUCGAGACGUAACCGUAUUAAACCGAACCGGAGACCGGUUAACCCGGUUUGCAAACUCUCUAGGUCUUCAGUUUCAGUUUCACACGCUUGUGGUCGUUGAAGAAGAUCUCGCCGGUCUCUUGCUACAGAUCAGAUUGUUAGCUCUCUCCUGCGUACAAGGAGAGACCAUCGCCGUCAACUGCGUUCACUUCCUUCAUAAAAUCUUUAACGACGAGGGAGACAUGAUCAGUCACUUCUUGUCGGCGAUCAAGAGCUUAAACCCUAGAAUCGUGACAAUGGCCGAGAGAGAAGCGAACCAUGGAGAUCCUUCGUUCUUGAACAGAUUCUCAGAGGCUUUAGAUCAUUACAUGGCGAUAUUCGAUUCGCUGGAAGCGACUUUGCCGCCGAAUAGUAGGGAGAGGCUAACCCUAGAGCAACGGUGGUUCGGUAAGGAGAUUUUGGAUGUUGUGGCGGCGGAAGCGGAGGAGAGAAAGCAAAGACAUCGGAGGUUUGAGGUUUGGGAAGAGAUGAUGAAGAGACAUGGCUUUGUGAACGUGCCGAUAGGAAGCUUUGCUUUCUCUCAGGCUAAGCUUCUUCUUAGACUCCAUUAUCCUUCGGAAGGUUAUAAUCUUCAGUUUCUCAACGAUUCUUUGUUUCUUGGCUGGAAAAAUCGUCUUCUCUUCUCCGUUUCAUCGUGGAAGUGAGUUAGUAGAGAGGGAGAAGAAACCUAAACUUAGGUUUAGUAGAGAAAAAAAUAUCGAUAAUUUUUGGUGUUAGGGCAAACAAAAAAAUGAUUUUACAGAUGACGUCGGAGCAAGGUGGCUCCGGCGAAGAGUGUCGACGGCAGAGGAAUCUUGGGAUGUGUGUCGUUUUUUUGUUUCUUGGGAAGCUCAAACAAAGAGACAACCUAAUCUUUUGUGUUCAACCUACUAAUAUCUAAUUUUUCAAACUCAAUCUUAGGUGUAUCGUUUUAACAUAUAUAAUCCCAUUUUGUCUCUUUUCUUUUUCAUUUUAUUUGAUUAAUUAGUCGAUCCACUCAUGUUUUAGUUGCAUUUUAAG